GACGCCUAGGAAGAGGGUAGAGCCGACCAUGCAGAGCUGGACUAAGUUCUCCUCCCGCCCUCUCCUCUUCCUAGCCGCGCUCUUGGUGGUGGAGGGUUCCCAGCUCGACGGCACCAAGGCGAACGCGAUCAAGGCCACCCUCAUGGGCGAGACGCCGACCCAGGCGGCCAACAGGUCGGCCGCUUUCCACCAGGGACUCUCUCUGGGGAGCGGCAAGAAAGGCAAACUCUUCGGCCAGGGGGGGAAAGGCCUCAAGCAUUAUCACCGACAAGGCGAGGCUUAUCCUUGCACUAAUGAUAAAGAAUGUGAAGUUGGGAAGUACUGCCACAGUCCCCAUCAAGCGACAUCUGCCUGCAUGGUUUGUAGAAGGAAGAAGAAACGUUGUCAUAGAGAUGGCAUGUGCUGUCCUGGAAACCGCUGUAACAAUGGUAUUUGUAUACCAGUGACUGAGAGCAUUCUCACACCCCAUAUUCCAGCUCUAGAAGUACCUCGUAAUAAAAAAAAUAAUCACUAUCCCACCAAGGAUUUGGGCUGGCAAAAUCUAGGAAAAGGACAGUCUAAGCUGACACACGCAAAAGGUCAUGAAGGAGACCCUUGCUUAAGGUCCUCUGAUUGCACAGAAGGGUUUUGUUGCGCUCGCCAUUUUUGGACCAAAAUUUGCAAGCCUGUGCUACACCAAGGAGAGGUAUGCACGAAACAGCGGAAGAAAGGUUCCCAUGGCUUGGAGAUUUUCCAGCGAUGUGACUGUGCCAAAGGGUUAUCAUGUAAAAUCUGGAAAGAUGCCACUUAUUCUUCAAAAGCAAGACUUCAUAUGUGCCAGAAGAUUUGAUGCGGGAUUUGAAAAUUGUCACCAGCAGGCCUUGAUAAGUGUCUACUGCAUAGACUAUGGUGGAAAAAAUAAUUGUAAAUAAGAAAUGACUGGCCCAAGUAUCUUUUGUGGCAAGAAAAAGCAUCAUCCCCACAUGUGUUAUAAUUCUGCUUGGAAGUACGACUGAGAACAGAUGGAUGUUAUUUUUAGUGUGACACCAUUCUACAUUGGGGCCAAAGAUUUGCAACAAAGCUCUACUGAUAGUCUUGUGGUUUCUCCAUAUUAGGUAGUUUAUCCCAUUUUGAUGAUAAAAUAGGAUAUAUUUACAAUACAGAGCAGGACUUUGCCAACAUAUAUUUCUAUCAACACAUUAUUGUGUACUGAAUAAUAACUACAAAAAGUCCCCGGUAAACUAAAAGUAUUAGAAAUACAGGAGGAAGUAACUGCAUGUGUGACUAUAGACUUUAUUGUUUUACAAUCCAAGUCCAUCACUUGCAUAGGGAUUUUUAAUCUCCACCAAGAUACAUGAAUAGAGACAGUUAAACUAGGUUUACAAUCUAGAUUCAUAUUUCUCAACCUUAGCAACUUUGCUAUACUGGCUGGGGAAUUUGGGGUUUUGAAGUCCCAUAUAUUAAAAUUGCCAACAGUAAAAAAAACACUUAUCUAAAUUCAUAUAAAUGAUAUAAACAGACUUCAUAACUCAAACUGGCUCUUCUUCAUUUAUUGUAGCUAAUGGCUGCCAUUAACUUAGUUUAUUGGUUUAUUCAUAGCCACAGGGACUUACAGUGAAAACAGACUAUUCAUUACUAUAUCCAAAAUGGAAUGAUAUGCUAAGAUGCUGGUUGUAAAUAUGCAUUAUGAAUUAUUCUUCAUUUUUGCCCUUAAAGUGGGCAGGAUCAUUAAACCUGUUUUGCGAAAUAAUAUGUUAAUAAGGGUUUUAGAUCAGAACAUAAACCAUGAGAUAUCAGUGUUAAAACACAAAAAUAGCAAUAACUUUAAAAGCACUAAGAUUAAUAUGGAGAUGUGUCAUAAGAAUACAGUGAAUAUGUUCUGAAUGCACCUUAGGAAUGUGGUUAGCAUUGGCACUACUGGAUUGCUGUAUGUAUAUCAAUGAAUGCCAGUGGAAUUCACUUCAGCAGUAUUAAUGGGCUAGUAAAAUAGACACCAAUUUCUGCUCUUUCCCUCCCCAUUCACCAUCCUUGUAUGUUCUUUCACAGUGCUGAUAUCCCCAUGAUAUGAUCUGGGUUAAGUUUAGGAGGCUGAUGUUUCCUCUUUGCUUAAAAGGACAAAAGAAUUGUGUGUGUGUGUGUGUUUGUGUGUGUGUUUCUAAUUCUGUUCAUUUUUGUUUUAUUUGGGGGUCUCCUUCAUGUGAGUUUAAUAUGCUGAGGCAAUAUGCCAUUUGUAAUAUCUGUUUAAAAUGGAGUAAUCAAAAAUAACCACCAACAACAAUAGCAACAAUGUCUUUUGUAGCUAGCAAUUUUUUUCCCUGACUUUCUAAAGCCAUGAAAUGACCAUGUUUUGCAAAAAAUUAAAGUUUAUCUGUAAUUAAUUUAUAUUUCAAAACCCACAAAUAAAUAUCAGCCAAAUGCUACAUGUUUUUCAUGUCUAUUAAAAAAUACUUUCAAACCAUUUUCCAUUUCAGUGCCAAACUGCAACUUCAGAAAGUACCUAAAUUAUCUAAAAGCAUAUGGUAGUGGUAAAGUGAUCUGCAGCCUGUCCUUCGUUUUUUAUACACAAAAAAGGCAAGAAAGUGGAUUUUGGCAGAGGUGUUGAUAAUUCUCUAAGUUUUUGCUUUAGAAACAGAAUUCCAUAAACCUUUGAUGGAAUUCAGAGUAACCAUGAAACUAUGCUAACAGUCCAGUUGGUAGAGUCCUUAUUCCAGUGUUAAUAGGAUAUUAUAUGUUCUAAUUCCCUCCCAUAUUAUUCAUGUAGUUUAUUUUAAUGUACAUGAUCUAGGAGGAAAAAAGGAUAUUACUUGCAAAUUUGUUUUAUGAAUGUUAGACAGAAUUGCUUAAAAUAAAAAGUAGCUUUGACAGAUAGUAGAGAGACAAUGCAGGUUUAGCUUUUUCUGGCUUAAUUGUUCUGCUUAAAAUAUCCCAAGACAUUGCCCCAUCCAUCUAUGUUUCAGAUGUGUAUUUUCUUUGGCAAACUUCUCACUGGAAUCUCAUUCAAGAAAAGCAGCUUGAGGAAGAAAUUAGAAAACUGUUUUUAGAAGAAGCACAUCAAUCGUUCCUGCUACCAAAAGAUUAUUAGUUCUGAAGCACCAGAUUGAAUAUUUAAUUUUUUUUCUCAGUAAUAAGACACUUAUAUAGAAGCUUAUUUAAAGUUUAUAAAGUUCAAAUGAUUUAGGAGUUUAAUACAGGAAGCUCUAUUCAGUUUACUUCAAUACAAUGAAAAUAGGAUGGAGAUGGACCAAUUGUGUCACUUCCUUUGCUUAAAUAAUGGAAGCAGGUUACUGACAUCCUUUUACCUUAGCAAGAUUAUUGGAAAGAAUCCUCACCCUCUCAGCACAGCUAAUAGUAACAAAGUACAUCCCUGCCUCAUUGAAAUGUUAUCUGCAUGCCCUUCCCCACUUUAUUUUUCCCCAUAUCUAGUAUUUGAAAUAAUUUAUUUACAGGAAAUGUUUAAUGAGAUGUAUUUUCUUAUAGAAGAGGUUUCCUACAGAAAGCUUUGUAGCAAACUGUACUUGCAAUUUGUUGACUUUGUAAUUUAGAAAGAAAUGUAUAAUAAGAUUAAAUAUAUU